AUGAAUGAACGGCACUACACGGUGUGUGUGUGGGAGGCAGUUCAAGGUAUUAACAAUAGAACCUGCUUCGAGGCGCCAAGUACAUCCACUCGGCCAACAUCCCUCUUUUCCCUUCCCUUUUUCGUUCUCCCGGCACAAAAAUGCCAUGCUUCUACCCCGAUCUCUCCCCCCUCCCUCCUCUCUCCCCAGCGCAUCCUUUUCCAGUUUCCGAAGGGAGUUAAGUACAUCCACUCGGCCAACAUCCUGCACCGUGACUUAAAGCCCCCCAACAUCCUCAUCGACGGGCGCUGCAACAUCAAGAUCACCGAUUUCGGCCUUGCGCGAACCCGUGUGGAAACCACCGACCACCUGACCAAAUAUGUGGUUACCAGAUACUACCGCGCUCCCGAGCUGCUGUUGAACAACCAGCAGUACAUCGCUUCCAUCGACGUGUGGUCGGUGGCGCUCAUCUAUCUGGAGCUCGUGCUGGGGCACAUUGUGCUCAGAGGCGAUAACUAUGUGGACCAGCUCUGCAAGACCUGCGAGCUGAUUGGAUCUCCAUCAGUUGAAGACGCCUCCUUCAUAGUCAACGAUGCCGACCGCACCUUCCUGCCCCCAGAGCUGAUAGGAUCUCCAUCUGCAGAGGACGCCUCCUUUAUAGUCAACGAUGCCGCCCGCACCUUCCUGCUCUCAGAGCUACUAGGCUUCCCCGCGCGGAACAUCAGGGACGUGUUCCCCAAGCUGUCGGAACCCGCGGCUGACUUGGUGCAGGGCAUGCUCGGGUCCGACCCGAGAAGGCGAAUCACAUUUGACGAGGCAUUGGCCCACCCGUACCUGGCGCACUACCACAAGGCGAAUCAGGACCCGCCGCACCCAAACCCCUUCCAGUUCGACCUGAGCUUUGAGCAGGAGGAGUAUGACAUCCCCCGCAUCCGCCAGCUCGUCUUCGAGCAGGCCUGCGCCUUCAACCCCCAAUAA